AUGAGUCUCCUGAAGGCGGAUCAGGUGCGGCGCGAACUGUUCGUCAAGUAUCGCAGGCAAAUUGCCGCGGUCCUUGGCGAGACGGAGGACGGUGAUCCCAUUGAGUUGUGUGGGUGUGAGGAAACCAAUAACGGGGGUGACGACACGAAAGGAAAAGGAAAUGAGAGUUGUGACGAAGAGGAAGCGCAACAACAACAACAAGAAGAAGAAGAAGGAGACAUGGAAGGAAUGGGCUUGCGAUUGUUAGAGCGAUUCCGCAUAUCGUACGCACGGCAGCAUCUCCUCCGCCAGCGUGCAAUGCGCAUGCCAGAUGAUUACAUCAAAGAGACGACAGAAGGUGCGGAUGACGUCAAAUGCGCUUCUCACUCCUCCCAGGCGGCGGAUGAAACAACGCCGUGUACGGAGGCCGCCGCCGCCGUUGCGGUUUCUGCUGGCGCCACGGAAGGGGACGAGGUGGAAAUGGAGGGAUGGCGGCUGGUGUACAAUGAGCCUUACCCCUCGAUACGGCGCAUUAUGCGACGUGUACAGGACGAGUCCCUGCAGACGUUAAUGCGGGAAUCAUGCGUGCCCAUAACGGCGUAUCGUGAUGCGGCUUACACGGCGCAGCGCAUGGCAGUUUUGCAACAAAUGGAGGAGCAGAUUGGAAGAGAGCGCGCCACACUCCUCGCGAGGCAACAGAAGAUGGAUGGCAAAUUACAUCCCAUUGAGUGA